AUGGGCGCCCUAUUGAGCCUCCCGCUUCUCGCAAUCCCCUCCAUUGGGACCGUCGCAACCUUUGCAGCCAGCUGUUGUGGUGCUGCCACUUGCUCAGCCGUAUGCUCUACUUGUGGAAAAUGCAAUAACAGUAUUGCGACGCGAAUCGCCUACGCUAUAAUCCUGCUCUUCAACUCGCUCCUCUCCUGGCUGCUUCUGACGGACUGGGCGGUUAAGAAACUACAAAAGGUCCUGCUCGACUAUGUCACGAUCGACUGUGGCGGGAACAACUGCUUCGGCUUCGCUGCCGUGCAUCGCGUCAACUUUGCGCUGGGAUUGUUUCAUGUUGUGAUGGCAAUGCUGUUGAUUGGGGUGAACAACUCAAAGGACAAGAGGGCGCCGAUUCAGAACGGAUUCUGGGGACCGAAGAUUUUGGUAUGGUUGGCGCUGAUCGUGGCGAGCUUCUUCAUCCCGAAUCGGUUCUUUGAAGUCUGGGGAAACUAUGUCGCGUUCGUUGGCGCGAUCUUGUUCUUGCUGUUGGGGUUGGUCUUGCUGGUGGAUCUGGCACAUACAUUUGCCGAGUACUGCAUUGAGAAGAUCGAGGAUUCCGAGUCUGGUGUCUGGAGAGGUGUGCUCAUCGGCUCGACGCUAGGGAUGUACCUUGGAGCGAUCGCAAUGACGAUUGUGAUGUACAUCUUCUUUGCGAGGUCGGGGUGCUCUAUGAACCAGGCAGCUAUCACGAUCAACCUGCUCCUCCUUCUCGGAAUCAGCGCCAUGUCCGUCCACCCAACCAUCCAGGCCUCUAACCCCCGCGCUGGCCUUGCCCAAGCCGCCACUGUCUCCAUCUACUGCACCUACCUCACCAUGUCCGCCGUCGCCAUGGAACCGGACGACAAACACUGUAACCCGCUCGUCCGCGCCACUGGCACCCGAACCGCUAGCAUCGUCCUCGGCGCCGUCGUCACUUUCCUGACCUGCGCCUACACCACCACUCGCGCCGCCACUUACGGCCUCGCGAUGGGCAGCGGCAAAGGUCCCAUUGCCCUCGACACCGAAGAAGGCUCAGCCAGCCACGGCAUGGUAUCCACCCAACCUGAGUCCCGUCGCGAGAUGCGCGCCGAAGCACUCCGCCGGGCCGUUGAGUCGGGCGCGUUGCCAGCCUCUGCUUUGGAUGAUUCUGAUGACGAAGACGACGAGGGCCCCGCCAAUAAGAACGACGACGAGAAGAGCCGUACGCAGUACAACUACGCGCUCUUCCACGUCAUUUUCAUGUUGGCAACAGCGUGGGUGGCGACACUCUUGACGGGCAGUAUCGGCGUGGAUAAGGAGAUUGAGAAGGGAGAUUUCGUGCCGGUGGGGAGGACGUACUGGGCGAGUUGGGUCAAGAUCGUAAGUGCGUGGGUGUGUUAUGGGAUUUUCGGGUGGACGUUGGGGGCGCCGGUCGUGUUGCCGGACAGGUUUGAUUAUUCGUAG